AUGUGGUCUUUCUUGGGGCGGCGGAAUGCCGCUGCGACCGGCGCGGGGAUCGAGCAGGACCUACCGGAGGCCUCGACCACGAAGACCUUUCCCUCCGGCAUCAAGCUGCUCUACAGCCCCGCCAGCCCCGCCGACGCAAUCGUCGACAUCGUCUUCAUCCACGGCCCUCGCGGCGACCUCGAGAAGACCUGGAGCGUCCAAACUCCCGACCGCGCGGGUCCUCACAUCAUCGCCCCCGAGGAGCCUGAGAGCUCGUCCACCGUGAUGGCACGCAUCUCGUGCCGCAGGCGGAGGUUCUCGGAGGUCGAGGAGCUCGGUCAUUCUUGUCGGGUCGGCUUUCUUGUGUGCCCAGCCUUCGGGGGCGAGAUUGUGGGCGGGGCCGCGGCCGCGGCUGUCCAUUCCCAAGAGUCGAUUGCACGAAACCCCGUUCGCGGUGAUGGUGGUGCCUGCAUCUUCGUCAUGGGAACCAAGCCAUCUGGCAAACCAUGCCCUGACGCCGAAGUGGUCGGCUUGACGCUGCUGCUGCUGCUCCUUUGGCUGUGCCCGGACCUGUUUGGUGUCGCUCGACUGGAUGACAACAAGCAUACAGUCCUGCCUUUCAGCCGCAGCAUCGAGCAUCUCAGGCCCAGACGAUCCAGCUCGGUCAUGGCCAUUUCAAGCGAACCCCCGUCGGCGACGGCAGCUCGGUCUGCAUACGCGGCAUCACAAACGAUGGUGGUGGAUGCGGCAACAUCGGUCUGCUAACAAUGAGCUAUUCUGCGCUGUCGUCGUCGUUGUCGUUGUGAUAUGUGGUAAGUUGCUGCUGAUUCAUGACUUGCUGUGCCGGUACGAGAGAUUCCGAAUUGCGGCAUCUCGCUUGGACAAGCGUCAAGUUGUCAUACCCCUCAAGGGGGGACUCGGACUGGAUGCCGGACUUCCUUGAAGCAGCGACUAGGGCCGAGGACGACCCCCGCGUGGGCCGGGGUUUCUCCACUCCCACCCCCGACCAACAGCAGCCGGCUCGUCGCUGGGGCGAAAAGUGUAGUAG